CAUCUUUUUCAACCUAAAUAAAACGGAGAUUAAUCAUUAAGUUGCUCCACUUAACAAACAAAAUAAAUAAAGCAAUGAUAUUCACCGUCAAAGUAGUUUAGAAAUUAAAGCUAGAGAGAGAAAGGAGGAGGGAGAUUCGGAAAAAGAAAUGUGUCCGCUGAGGCUGAUCCUCAUAUUCCUGUCGGCAACACUCGCCGGAUUUUUCCUCCUUAGAAACAUCAAAUCCCACCCCCAAACCGACGAUGACGAUCAUACCCGCCCCAACAACAAUAACUCCCACUCUGCUUUCUCCAAGGUUUGGGCAGCUAUAGAAUCAGGAUUCUGGGCAUCUCUUGACAUGGCAAGUGGUCGUUACUUGUGGAGGCAUCUGGUUUCCUCUAACUCCAAGCCUUCCUCUUGAUUCUGCAAAAAAAACCAUUCUUUGGUGUGUCCCUGCUGUUUCCCAUUCUUCUACUACUGUUGUACAUAUCUCCUGGAUCUUUUGGAUGCAUUGUGGGAAUUGAACUUCUUCUCAACUUAUACUGUUUGUUAAGAGAUUUCUUUUUCUGCUUUGCUUUGGAACUUGUCCUUUUUCUUCUCAUUAUACUCAACUCUGUCAGUUGUAAGUUGUCAAAUUUCUUCAUUUCCUUGAAUAUUUGCUCCUUCUACACAGAUUUCGUGUCAACCUAUGGGUAUCUUAUGUCUAAAUAAACUAUGAACAAAGACCUUAUUAUGACUUUGUUCUUGGACUCAGUUUGUCAGAACACCAUCCAAUGGUUCAUAAAUGAGUCGAUCUUAUUGCUUUUAUCAAA